AUACUUGUCUCACUUUUUGCGUUUAUGCCAAAUACCCGGUUGCAAGAGGGUUUACCGGUUACCCCUCUACUUACCCCUCAACUUUUCCAACCGUUUCUUAACUAAUGAAGAAAUUAACCCCGUUUGGUAAACGUUAGACAUAGAGCUCCACACCCUCUCUCCGAAGCGUCAACUCAAUCGCAGUCAAUCGUAGUCUACUGAGAAAAAUCUUGGGCUUUUGGAAGGGAAUCAUCACGAAAUUUGGGUAUUUGAAGAGGAUUAGGUCUACAUUGUUGGUAUCGUUGUUCUAGCAGGAAGAUAGUUGGGUGAUAGACUCGUUGAGUUGUUGAACCAGUAACUGUAAUGGCUUCAUCGGAUGACGUUUUCAAAGAACUAUUUGCUAGUAUAUACGAGCCCUUCUCUGGACUAAAUGAGAUGGAUUAUGAGCUCCAUGGUAUUUAUAUGGAUCACGAACCAGAGCAUGAGUUCGUGACUGCGCUUGAUAAAUGUAGGGACGUCUUUCUCAAUGUUCUACUUAGUGAUGAAAACUUAAGGAAUUCAAGCAUGGCUGAUGAAAUCAGAGCACAAGUUUAUCAUGCUAAUGAAUGGCAAAGUGAUGAAGAAGGUGAACAAAAGGCGGUGAAGAAUAAGUACAGAAUUCAUGAUCCAAACACACCAUGGGAUAAGAUGGAACCUAAGGUAGGUGAUAUGUUUGAGUCUCCUGCACAACUUAAGUUUUGUAUUCAAAAUUAUGGGGUGUCAAAUGGAUAUCAGAUAUACUUUGAAAAAUGUGAUAAAACUAGACUAGUUGCAAGAUGUGGGAAGAGGACAGAGAUGAAUGAUUGUCCUUUCAGAUUGUAUGCUGGAUGGAUGUACAAUGAAAAAUCAUUUCAAGUUAAAAAUUUGGUUGGAGAGCAUCGUUGCAGUAGGAAGUUCAAAUUUGGAAGUCUUGUUUCCCCUGAAUGGAUAGGUAGGCAUUACAUUACUGAAAUUGCAAACACACCUAAGAUGAAACUUAGGGACAUGAUUGCCGAUAUCAAACAAAGGUUGAGAUGUGUAGUAUCCAUUGGGCAAGUCCGUAGGGCAAAAAAAAUGGGCCACUGAGUUGAUUGAAGGAAAACUAACUGAACAUUAUGCUAGGGUAUGGGAUUAUGCUGAUGAAUUAUUAAGGUCCAACCCAGGUUCAACAUGCAAAGUUAGUGUCACUGUCAAUCCAGAUGGGAAGAACUACUUCCACAGAUUUUACAUUGGUUUCAAAGCUUUAAGUGAUGGAUGGAAAUUAGGGUGUAGAAGAGUAAUUGGUUUGGAUGGAUGCUUCCUGAAAGGACAGGUGAAGGGUGAGUUGUUGACUGCCAUUGGUAGAGAUGCUAAUAACCAGGUGUAUCCUAUAGCAUGGGCUGUUGUUGAUGUUGAAAACAAGCCUAACUGGACUUGGUUUAUUGAGCUUCUUAGAGAUAGUGUAGACCUUCAUGAUGGCAGAGGAUUGGUGGUGAUAUCUGACCAACAUAAGGGAUUGGUUGAAGCUGUAAAAGAUAUACUCCCAAAUGUUGAGCACAGGCAAUGUGCCAGGCAUGUUUAUGCCAAUUUCAAGAAAGCAUACACAGGGUUGGAGUUCAAGAAAUUAUUUUGGGCUGCAUCAAUGAGUUGUGUAGAAAGUGACUUUAUGAGGCACAUGGAAACCAUCAAGAAGUUGAGCCCAUCUGCAUAUGAGUACUUGAUGUCAAGACAACCAAAAACAUGGUGUAGAGCUUACUUUGAUAGGGGUUAUGCGUGUGAAGCAGUUGAGAAUGGAAUCUCUGAGUGUUUCAACUCAAUCAUUGUUGAUGCUAGGAAAAAACCCCUUAUCACAAUGCUUGAGGAGAUCAGGAUAUAUAUAAUGGACAGGUUUUCCCACAUGAUAGAGGAAAAUGUUAAAUGGAAAUCAAAUGUUUGUCCUGCUAUACUUAGGAAAAUGCAGUUGUUUGGGAAAAAUAUGAGGUUAUGGGUUGUAGUUCAUAGUCAAGGACAUGUUUUUGAAGCUAGAAGAGGAUGUGACAGCUAUAUGGUGGACUUGGACAGCAGGACUUGCAGUUGCAGAUUAUGGGAUUUGUCUGGGAUCCCAUGUGUACAUGCAAAUGCAGCCAUCAACUACAUCAAUCAAACACCAGAUGUAUAUAUUGAUGGGUACUUUUCAAAGGAAAAUUUUAAAAAGUCUUACUCCUCUAAUAUAAAACCAGUGAAUGGGAGUAAUCUUUGGAGCCAAACUGGAUUCAUAAAGCCAUUGCCUCCUUUGGCUAGGAGAAUGCCAGGUAGGCCUACUACCAAAAGGAAGAGGCAUGCUAGUGAGCAAGAGGGGAGGUUUUCAUCAACAAGGGUAUUUGUACCAAGAACAGUAAGAUGUGGGAAAUGCUUAGAGUAUGGCCAUAAUCAAAAAAGUUGUAAGAAUGAGAAAAAACCAGUAGUACCCUUGCUACCAAAGAAAAGAGGCAGACCAAGGAAACAUCCAUUGUUAACUGAAUAUGAUGAGUCAUUAAGAGCUUCUCAAUCCAGUCAGCCUCCAAUGCAGAAAAACAAGUCAAAGAAAGAAGCAUCAAGUUCCAAGGUUUUAAAAGCCUCAAGGUCCAAAAAAGAAGCAACUGAAUUUGAUGAAUCAUUAAGAGCUUCUAAAUCCAGUCAGCCUCUAAAGAAGAAAAACAAGUCAAAGAAAGAAGCAUCAAGUUCCAAGGUUUUAAAAGCAUCAAGGUCCAAAAAAGAGGCUACUUCACCUCAUAAAGAAGAUGUUUCUGCAACUCAAAAAGAAGUUGUUGAUGGUAUUCAGAUUGGGGAAGGUGAUGGAAUUCAGAAUGAGGAUCAUGGUGAUAGUAUUGAGCCUGGGGAUCAUGGUGAUGAUAUUCAGAUUGGGGAAGGUGGUGGUAUUGAGACUGGGGGUCAUGGUGAUGAUAUUCAGACUGGGGAUGUUAAUGAUGUUAUUGUUGAAGAUUGUCAUAUUGUUGAAGAAGUAGAAGUGGUUGAUGUUGGAAAAGAAGAUGUUUUGCUUCCAAGGGUUGGUUUAGAUCUACACAAAGUGCUUGAUGAGGUUGAGCAGGGGCUGGACGAAAUAUUAGGGGAGGGUAGUUUUCAACAACAAUCAGAAACCUAUGAUGCUACUCAAUCAGAUUAUGAGGGUAAUGUUGAGUUUAAUGAUGGAAAAGCUGAUGGUGUCCUUGUAGAUAAGGUAAAACUGGAUGCUGAACAGAUUGCAUCGAUGUUGGAAGCAGGAUAUAGCAUGGAAGAAAUUGAAGGUAUGGAAGGGGUAGAAUUGGAACUGGAUGACAUGCUACCUGUUGAGCUGGAUAUGGAAGAUGUAUUGGAUCAUCCUUCUGAUAAUGAUGAUGAGGCUGUUAUUGAUGAUGUUGAUGGUAUUGUUGAUGGUGGUGGUGAACAAGAAGAAGGAGGUGAUGAUGGUCACUUGGGUGAUGAUGAAGGUGAACAAGAAGAAAGAGGUGAUGAUGAAGGUCCUGAUGAUGUCCCUAGAUUGACAAGGUUGAGAAAACCCUCUGAAAGGAUCAUUUUGCAGAAGUUGAAGAAGACGGUGCUUGACAAAAAUGGAGGUGGUUCAUCUGCUAGCAAUCCAGUUAGGUUGGAGUAG